UAGAAAAUGACGAAGUAGUUUCUGAACGAAAAAUUGUGAUGUCGAUUGUGUACAUGGCAUAUUUUUAAUUUUUAUGAUUUUUACGUAAAUCAUGAAGUGAUUAAUUAAAUUAGGACUGGUUAAAUACAAAAUGGCAUUCGUGAGUGCAGUUACCGGCGAUGACUCCACUAAGAAAUUUAUGGAAGUCCUGCAAAAUGACUUCAAAAAUUUGAGUUUGGAGACCAAGAAGAAGUAUCCUCAGAUAAGAGAGGCCUGCGAUGAAGCUAUUGAGAAGCUGUCCCUGGCGUCGAACAACCCACAGGCUUCGCUUUAUGGUGUGGUCAAUCAGAUACUGUAUGCUCUGGUGCAAGGUUGCGAGUCCAAGGAUCUUAAAAUUAUCAAGUUUUGCUUGGGCACCAUCCAGCGCCUGAUCGCUCAGCAAGGCAUCGACGCAAAAGGCGCGAGGCAUGUUGUGGAUUGCCUUUACAACCUCGGACAGGCCGGAGUGCUGGAGUUAAAGCUGCUGCAAACCGCUGCUUUGUUGAUGACCACCUCGGAUCUGGUGCAUGGAGACACGUUGGCAAGAACGGUGGUUAUGUGCACGCGCAUGGUAUCACCAUCAGAAGCGCGUGACGUCAGCACGUGCCAUGCUGCCGCUGCUACCGUGCGCCAGCUCGUCGCACUAGUGUUCGAGCGAGCGUUAGCAGAGGCCGACGGUAAGAUACGACCCCCAGCAGAUGCGGUGAUGACGUCACCAUUGCAAGCGCGUGACGUCAGCACGUGCCAUGCUGCCGCUGCUACAGUGCGCCAGCUCGUCGCACUAGUGUUCGAGCGAGCGUUAGCAGAGGCCGACGGUAAUCUCAAAGUGAACCCGGCAGACAUUCGCCCGCAAACCAACAGCAAAGCGCCCAAAGACUUGAAACCGUGUGCUGUUGACGCCUACCUCAUAUUACAAGACAUAAUUCAACUAAUUAAUGGAGACUCAGCCCACUGGCUAGUGGGGAUAUCCGAAGUGCCAAAGACGUUUGGACUGGAACUGCUAGAUACGGUCCUGACUGACUUCUCACCUAUUUUCUUUAAAAUCUCAGAAUUUCGAUUUUUAUUGAAAGAGCAUGUUUGUGCCCUCAUCAUAAGACUUUUUUCGCCAAAUGUUAAGUAUAGGGCAGCAUUCACCUCCCUGCACAUUCCCGGCGCACAACCGGCGUCCGGUACCGCACAAGGCCAGGCCAGCCCCGCCGCCGCCGACCGGCCGCACUUCCCCGUCACUAUGCGUCUGUUGCGGCUCGUCUCGGUCAUUAUACACAAGUACCAUUCUGUGCUGUCGGAUCAGGCCAGCCCCGCCGCCGCCGACCGGCCGCACUUCCCAGUCACUAUGCGUCUGUUAAGACUGGUCUCGGUCAUUAUACACAAGUACCAUUCUGUGCUGGUGACGGAAUGCGAGAUCUUCCUAUCCCUCACUAUAAAGUUCCUGGACCCGGACAAGCCGCUCUGGCAGCGAGCGCUGGCGUUAGAAGUGCUGCACAAGAUGACCAUACAACCGCAUCUCCUGAAAGCCUUCUGCUCAUGUUACGAUAUGCGUCCGCACGCCACCAAUAUCUUCCAAGACAUCGUCAACGCGCUGGGCGCCUACGUGCAAAGCCUCUUCGUGGCCUCGCAAGUCAACACGCCGGCCGGUGCGUCAGGAAUACCACAGCAGUCGGGCUUCUACUGGAAGGGGGUAUGGCUGCCGCUCUGCGUUACAUUUGAACCUGGGACAGCUAAAUCUGUGUACAUCGAAAUGCUAGACCGCAACGAAGCGCCGGCCAUACAGGACGGGUACGGGAUCUCCGUAGCAUACGCGUGCCUAAUGGAGAUCAUACGCUCCAUCGCGAUCACUGUAGAGGGCGCUGAAUACUUCAGAUUACAAGAAAUAUACGAAGACGGCCAAAGCGAAACCGACACAGAAGUGAACUCGAAUAAAAACGGGAAUAAUCAAAAAGAAUCAGAAUCCAAGGGUGACGCGAAAGAUGUCACUAACAAUAGCCUCAAUGGUGAAGCAGACCAGAACUCCAAUGUUCUCCAAAAAGCAGAUGAGGAUGACGAGAAAGAGAUGCAGUUGAAACUACAACUAUUGAAAUCAUCGUGGUGCGGGCUUGUGUGGGGCCUCUCAGUUCUGGCCGAAGCGAGUAUUGGAGAACUGGAGAACAUUCUGCGUGCCAUACAGUGCCUCGCCAGAGUUAGUGGGAAGGUGGGCCACGCAGUAGGCCGCGACGCGUGCAUCAGCGCGCUCUGUCGUGCAGCCUUACCAGCCCAAUACUGCGUGCCAGCCCUGGGCGCGCUGCCGUGCCCCUGGCGAAGGGAGCCGCCGCCGCCGCCCGACCCCGACUACCGGCACCAGGUCGUGUGGGUCGGCACGCCGCUGCCGUCCGCCUCGCUGCCCACGGGUCAACAGCAGUCGUUCGUGAUGGUGACGUCACGCCACGUGACAGCGAUGAGGGCGCUGCUGUGUGCAGCGCAGCGUGACGGAGACACCAUCCAGCAGGCCUGGCUGCCGGUGCUCACCACGCUGCAGCACCUGGUGUGGAUCCUGGGCUUGAAGCCUUCCACCGGCGGCAGCAUGAAAGCCAGCCGCGCCAGUGCAGACGCCAACGCCGUCAUGAGCACGUCUGCCGUCAUGGCCGACCUGCCUGCCCUAUCGGCCAUGUUGUCUCGAGUGUUUGAGUCGUCAAAGAAUCUGGAUGACGUGGCGUUACACCACCUGAUCGACGCGCUUUGCAAGCUGUCCAAUGAAGCGAUGGAGCUGGCUUAUUCUAACAGGGAACCAUCUCUAUUCGCCGUCGCAAAGCUGUUAGAAACUGGUUUAGCCAACAUGCACAGGAUAGAAGUAAUGUGGAGGCCUAUAACCAAUCACCUUCUCGAAGUAUGCCAACACCCCCAUAUAAGGAUGAGGGAAUGGGGAGUGGAAGCUAUCACGUACUUGGUCCAGGCAGCUUUCCAAUACCAUCACAAUAACCCCAACUUGGCUCGGCAGCGUCUCCUGCUGGAGCCCUUAGCAGAACUGUGCUCGGUGCGUCAUUGUGACGUGCGCGCGCGUCAGUUAGAAUGCGCCGCGCGCCUGCUCCACUCAUUAGGAGACCAGCUCGGCGCCGCCUGGCCGCUUAUGAUGGACGUCAUCUCCGCCAUCCUGGACCACCACAGCGAACAACUGAUCCGCUCAGCGUUCCAGUGCGCGCAGGUGGUAGCAGGAGACUUGUUGGGCUGCGCUGGUCCUCGCUGUCUACGCCGAGUGCUAAGCUGCGCUGCUGCCUUCGCUUCGCAGACCAAGGAGUUGAACAUCAGCCUCACAGCUGUAGGGCUUAUGUGGAACAUCUCCGACUACUUGUACCACAACCGGGACAAGCUGGCGGUGGCGCUGGCCAAGGACGCGGCCGUGUGUCCCGAAGUGCCCAACCACGCCGAGCUCCCGCCACUAGACAAGCUGUGGAUGUGCCUCUACAUACGACUUAGUGAACUCUGCACGGAACCCCGGGCUCCAGUGCGACGCGCAGCCAGCCAGACACUAUUCAGCUGUAUCGGCGCGCACGGAACCCUGCUGAGCAAGCCGGCCUGGCGCGCGCUGCUGGCCGUGCUGUUUCCAAUGCUGGACCAGGUUCAAAAUCAGUCAAACAUCGCAAGUUCUGAGAAGGUGGAUACAGGCGAACACAUUCUCAUACAUCACACCAGAAACACAGCCCAAAAGCAGUGGGCAGAAACUCAGGUUUUAACACUAUCAGGUGUGUCGCGAGUGUUCCACUCCCGGUUCCAGCUGUUAACGACAGUUGGGGACUUCAACAGAUCGUGGGCAGCCCUGCUCGAAUACAUCACAGAUUUCGCGUUACGGAGGAGUCAUGAGGUAUCAGUGGCAGCACUAAAGUCCUUCCAAGAGGUAGUAACAGCGGCAGGGCGCGCCGCAGAGAGCGACCCCUCGGGCUCCGGCGGCCAGCUGCAGCGCCGCGUGUGGGCCGCCGCCUGGGCCGCCUGGGGACACGUCGCCGCCGCCCAGGGGAACCACCCGCCAGUGUCAGAGGACGGCAAGCCGAUAGAAGUGUACGCGCCGUCUCUCAACUUCCUCACGACUCUCGUGCAGAUCUUCCCUCUCAUCUUCCAGCAUAUUAGGCCUACGUUCACAGCAGCGGACGUGGAGAAGCUAGGCGAGUGUCUAUGCAAUGUAUGCAGUGUGGAGCCCGCGGCUUCGGCCUUAGACGGCGUGGGGGGCGGAGCACCCGUGAGCUUGCACGCGCUGCACUGCCUCGAUACUGUGCACAAGGAGGCGCUGGUCCGCCACGAGCUGCUGCCGGCCAUGUUUAUAGCGCUGACGUCACUGGGCGAGGCGUGCGCUCGCGAGCCGCCAGCCACCGCGCGCUGCCUGGCCGCUGCCGCCGCGCUCUACCGCGCCGCGCCGCCGCCCAGCCGCGCCAUGCUGCCAAGACUGUUACAGGCGUUACACAAAUCAGUGAGGAACUGCAGCUCGGACAAGCGGCGGCGGAGCUCGGAACAGACAGAUGAAGCGAUGCAGAUCGCCAGUUUGCUGUUACAAGUACUAGCCACCGCGUUACCGCUAGCGAGAGAGGAGCCCGAUGCGUACUUAGAGUUCUGGGAGACCCUACCGCCAGUUCUAGAGACGUUCAUGUUUGAAGCGCCCGUGGGUGGCACCCGAGCGGCUCGUGAACUAGUAGCACUUGUGCGCGAGGCGGUAUUAAGGCGAGGUGCGCCGGCGCCGCACGUUCGCCGCGUGCUCGCGCUCGUGCGAGCCGGCAGCGCGCACGCCAUGCCCGCUGCGCCCACGCAAAACGAGCAAGAACUCCGAGAGAGGGAAGAAUUCGCGCGGACGUGCUUCGAGACUCUGCUGCAGUUUUCCAUGCUCGAGGACAUCGACUCCUUGGAGGUCGAAAGUGAAACAGACCCCCUGGCUAUCGUGGCGCUACUGGACCGCUUCCAGGAAGUCAUAUCCAGGUACACGGUGGAUGAGGACAACACAGAACCCCUGCCUAGGCACCAACUGUCGGAGAUAUCGUUCGUGCUUAAAGCAGUGGCCACACUCACUGAGUCCAUGAAGAAAGCGCCUCCGGGGAAGGUUGACGCGCUGGCGUGGCAGAAAUUAAUAGGACUGUACCCAUCCCUAGUGCGUCUAGCAGCGAGCGCGCGCGCCGUGGGAGCGGGCGCCGCCCUGAGGGCCGCCCUGCUGCAGUUCGCCGCCCUACUGCAGCCGCCCUAGCGCCGCGUGCUCUACACCAUACACAUAUAGAGCACGCGCCUCUAACGCCCCGGAUAGUCAGAGUUAUGACAUGACAUCGGCAGAGCGUUAUGAGGUUGCUGUCUAUGUGACAGAAUAUUAUAUUAAAUACUAAAUAAUAAAUAUUAUUACCACUAGAGGAAUAUGAAACUACUAAACACAUAUUGCGCUGUCACUGGACGCUGUCUACAAUGCUUUAUUAUUGUUUUACGUUGAAUUCGAUGCUAUUUUUGUCCUCAAGGCUGAAAAACAGGAUAAAAUAUACGCUCAAAACGGCAGCCUAUAGAAAUAAGUCCUAUUAACAUGACUCAAAUGUUCCCAAUUCAACGUAAUUUAAAUAUUGUAUUACCAAAAAGUUUAUUUAUGAAAAUGUGAUUGAUAGUUUUAUGUUUCCCUGGUGCAAGUAGAUCAUGAUCAUUGACAUAAACAGUAUAAUUUUUAAAGCAUACUUUUCAAAUAUUUAUGACUGUGGGGUCAUACUGUUAUUCUAUAAAAUACCCACCAAUGUAAAGUGAUCAUAUUUAUCUUUUAUUUACCUUUUAUUUAGUUAUAUUGUUUAUGUGAAAGAUCAAAUAUAUUAUAUACAAGUCAACGCUAGCUAAACUCAUUCCUUUUUAUAGAAAAAACAUAGAUUAUUGAUUUUUUAUUUGUAUAUAGAAGCGGUAAUUUCUUUUUUACUAAGUAGCUAUUCUAUAGCCCGACCAGGAACAUAAAAACCCUCGCCAUGUUGCGGAAAACUAAUGGUACUAAUUUCUUUUAAUGGCAACAGUAACUGAAAACUUCAUUGACAUGUCACCUUGCAUGUCAGUCUAUUGCUGUCAAAGUGUAAACAAACUUUAUUUUAAAUGUGCGCAAUUGAUUUUGUGAAUUAAAUUGCUAAAAUCUUUUUAUAGUCGUGAAAGAAAAGUGGUUCGCAAUGUGUUAAAGUAUUUGUCGAAGAGAAAUACUAAGGGUUCGGACAAUAUUUUCAUUGAAUAAUGUUUCCGACAAAGGUUGUCAAAUUGAUUGACAUGUUUAUCGUAUAGUACAGUCCACUAUGAAAAUUAGCUGUGGUUUGUUUCAACUACCUAUUUUAAAGUUUUUUGUCACUUUCUAAGUGUUGAAUUUUAUGGAAUUGGGAAAGAAGUACCGAGUUUGAAGCGUUCAUGAGCAGACAUUGCAGUUGAAUAUUCAAGUUCUGAAUUUGAUUAUUAUUGAUGAAUAAUAAAAUAAAUCCUACUAGCUCGAUUGAUGGUUUCAUUUAAUUUAUUUAAACCAGGUUACCUAUAAUAAUAUUUUUUCGUUAAUUUAUGAAAAUAACAAAUUAGCCCGUAAUCCUGAAUCCUGAUACAUAAAGUUAGCCUAUUAAUUUAACACAGGUACGACUGUACUCAGUGUUGCACUAUCAAAUGCAAUUGACGCGCCUCUAUGCCAGGGUUUUUAUGUUCCUGGUCAGGCUAUAAAUAAGAAAUCUCAUAUCUGAAUGGCUUGAAAACUCUAAACAGACUUGACUACGUAUUAUUUUGUAUAAUUAUUGGUCUUGGAUGAGUUGUGUGAUAACAUUGUUUCAAAUUGCUGCUCCAAAUCAUUAAAAAUACAAUGUAAUACCAAUUUGGCCUUAACCAUAGCUCGAUUAAUUCAAAGCAUAAUAGCUGUAUCUUCUCAGCCUAAUAAAGUUGCUACUAAAUAGGUAUUUAUAAUAAGACUUUCUAAUUAAAAUUGUGCAGACACACUAGAACUGAAGAUGGUAAUAGUAAUUUGAGUAAAAAACAGAUGUGACCUACAGUAGAACCCUGCAAAACCCCCUUAAAUUUUAAGCAAAUAAAAGCUAAAAUUUGCUUCAAUCCAUAUAAUAAACUUGUAGAAAUUCCAAGUAUCACUUGACUUUAUAAAUACCUAAUUUACUUCAAAAUCCAUCUUCACUUUUAUAGUUGUCUGUUGCAUACCGAGAUUAAUAGCUCCACGAAAACUAAAUUCACAAAUAGUCGCGCCAAUUUCAAUAAUAAAUAAAAUUAGUUAUAAUAAGAUAUUGAAAUAACGAAUUUGAAUGCAUUAGCGUGUUUGACAAAUAAAGAGUAGGUAGAAUAUAAAAUUUAGCGUUGCAAAGGCGUAGCGGUUUUGUAUCGAACAGAGUGAGUGCUAGUAGACGUCGUUACCGGUAAUUUUAUAAAUGUUUUGCAAUAACUUUGAAUAAGAUUUUUCUUACAUAAAUAUAAAUGUGCUUUGUGAAUACUCGGAAGAAAUAGAAUUGGUUCAUUUGUGGGCUAACAUUAAGUGUUUUAUUAAAGAUUUUUAUUAAAGUAUCUUCGAAUUAUUUGUUAAAGUGCAGGCUACACUUAUCCUUUACAUUAGAAACUCAAAUCGUAUCAAAUAACUUAUUUUUCCGAGUCACAGCUAUUUACAAAGCAUUUUUAUAUUCUUAGCUUAUCAUAAAAUAGUUACAGAUAAUUUUAUUGAAUAUUAAACGCAUUACAGAAAUGUGCAAUGUUUAUAGUAGCCAUAAUUUAGCUUUACUUAUUUUUGAUCCCUGAUAAAAACUAGCUUUUGGAUAACUUUUAUUUUCUCUGUGGUGGUCAAACAUUUUAUACUUUUGCAGUUUAUAUUUGUCAGGGAUCAAUCAAGAUAAAUACUUUAAUAUAUUAAUUAUUGUAAGCUUCCAUUUGUAUUGAAAACUACGUUUUUCUAUUUGUUUAGCGACUAAAUACGACAUUAAUCACAAUGUAAUAUAAUUACAAGUUAACAGUGUGUAAUAUUUCCAAUUUAUUUGUUAACAUUCAUGUACUGGAGAUCCAAUACAAAUUUGUACAAUCUUCCACAAAAGGAAUGUUAACCGAAAAAGUAAGAUAUUAUAUAUUUUUCUUGUUACAAUAUUAUUAUUGUUUAAAUAUACGUAAAUUUCUUUAAAACCCUGUUCAACAUUCACACAACUGAAUCGUUUGUUUAAUUGUAAAUAUUUUAAUUAUAUUGUUAUUUAAAUGAAGUGUUUGGUAAUAAAUUAAAUAAUUCAUAAAGAUAUUUAUAAAUAAAAUUGAAAUUAAUUGGAAAUAAGUUAUAGCUAAAAGUCAAUAAAUUCUUUGCAGAGCAAAAUAUAAUCAUGCUGUAUGCGUUCCAUGAGUUUUAUUUUACAAUAAAAAUAAAUCAUAAUGGUUUUGGCGAAACAAAGGAACUGUUAAUAUAUUUUAAGUAAUAUAAUUUGAAAAAGUCUCAAGUUAGUUAUUUAAAAAUUUAAUUUGAGAUACGACUCUUAUCGUUAAAAAAUCUUAAUAAUCUAUCAAAGCAACUCAAUUGUGUAUUUAAUUAAAUUAAUGAAUUUUAGUUUUGUAAAAAUAAAGUGCUGAUUGUGUGGAUGUUGUCAGCCUAAAAUUAUGGGGAAUCCACUCUUCUAUUUUAGGCAGCAAUUUGUGGCUUUCGCCGAUUUUCCCCGACAAAAAUCUGACUGUAUUAUAUUUGAAGUUGUGUUGUUGAUGAAUAAAUAAAGAUUUGUAUCAUAA